CAACAACUGUGCUUGAACAAGUUGAAGUCAUGAUUCCUUUGAGACCAUAGAAAUAUAUAUAAAUUGUACUAUAUUGUAAUACUAACAAUUAAGAGAAAGAAGGCAUGGCUAUGUAUCUGAGAAGAGCAAUCUCUCAUCGGAACACAAUUUUACUUCUUAGAAAUGGAACCUCUGCUCUUCAGUCCUACAGAAACCUGUCUCACUUUCUCUGCUCUCGCAAUUCUGGGGUCUUUGGAACCCAUUGCAAUGACCCCACUAUUUCUUCUCUAGAGUUUCUGCGAGAUUCUCGCCGGGGUUUUGCCAAAGCCAAAAAGUCGAAGGAUGAUUCUGCUUCUGGGAGUACAGUUGAAGUUGUGGAUAUUGGGCCUACCAUUAAAGAAGCUGCUGUCUCACAGAUGGAUGCAGCAAUAAUUGCUUUGUCACGAGAAUUAACCAAACUAAGAACAGGAAGGGCAUCUCCAGGAAUGCUUGAUCACAUCAUUGUAGAAACUGGUGGCGUGAAGAUGCCCUUGAACCAUUUAGCUGUCGUUUCAGUCUUAGAUUCUAAAACCUUAUCGAUAAAUCCUUAUGAUCCAAAUACUGUAAAAGAGUUAGAGAAAGCCAUUGUUUCAUCUCCACUAGGGUUGAAUCCUAAAGUGGAUGGGGAGCGGUUGAUUGCAGCUAUUCCACCAUUAACCAAAGAGCACAUACAGGCUAUGUGUAAGUUGGUAACAAAAACUUGUGAAGAUGUUAAACAGAGUAUAAGAAGAGCUCGGCAGAAGGCACUGGAUACAAUGAAGAAAGCUGGUUCAAGUUUUCCCAAAGAUGAAGCAAAGAGACUGGAGAAAGAGGUAGAUGAGUUAACUAAGAAGUUUGUCAAAUCAGCGGAAGACAUGUGCAAGGCAAAAGAGAAGGAAAUCGUGCAAGGCUGAGUAUGCAAUGUCAUACCGAUAUCAUUUAAUAUCUUCCAAAUUUAUUGACACCUGAAAUUCAAUUAGAAUUUAGAAGCCCCUUAGUUGAUCACACUAUUCUGGAACUAUUAUGUAGAUUUGACAAAUAUAGCCCUUCAAUUCAUGACAGAAAUGAGGCAUGUCAUAUAUUCUGAAAAUCAUUAUAUGUUUUCAGUUGUAUUUACUAUUCACAAAUAAUAGAUUGAAGUUUUGAUUGUGAGUUUUUAAA